AUUAUUCUCGUCCACAAAAAGUGACUUAUUAUUGUCUUGGUGCCGAACAAUCAUGGGGCAAGGUCCGAAUAAGAAGCCCACGCUUGUUCUUGGCACCCGACAGAUGAAAGAUGAAAGAUGAGGAGAAGUGGGAGAAGGGUGGUAGCUGUGAGAGGUGAGAGCUGUGACGGCUCCCCUUCGCUUUUGUGUUGCCGGUAGCAUACCGGUAUGGAACUUGUAGGUUCUGUUGGGUGUGGAAGGUGGUGGUUGGUUGGAGAUCUUUCAGAGGUUUGCAACCAGGAGGAGCACAAAAAUCAAAUGUGCUUUAUCCAAACCAACACAAAAAGCCCAGCAAUUACCAGUAGCGCUUACAACCAACCAGUGCACUAUCGAGUGAUUACGUCCAUCAGUUAAUUUCCCUUUGCCAGUUCAACUCAAAAACCACAACAGUACUAGUACUACCAACAUGUCAUCAGAAGGACCCAAAGCUAUGACAGUCGAUAGCUCGAGUACGUCCAAUGAUACGGUGGUUCAUCAGCCUUCCGUUACGUUCACCCUCGACGAGUCGAUGCCUGCCGCCGAGAUUCCCACCUCCUCAUCCCCCCAUGAUCAUUCGGACAUCCUCUCGAAAGUGGAAGAAGGCAAGGCCGUCCCUGUCGUCCCGCGAAGGUUUCGAAAAGCAAGACAGCUCUUGCAAAACCCCGGCUGUCAAUGCCAGUCGUUCCACUCUCAGAGUCGACCCUCGGCGAUCUGGGUCGGCCGGGUUCUGUUUGUCUCGUUUCUGUGUUUGGUGGCGGCUCUCUUGGGCUUGGGCGCCUACUCGCUGCAGAACAGUGCCGAGGUGACACUGGCCCAAAGCCACUUUGAUGCCAUUGCGGAACGGGCCGUCAUUAGUGCCAAGGAUCUGACACUCCGCAAAAUGCUGGGUGCCAUUACGCUCACGUCCAUCUAUUCCAACUUGUGCCCCAAUGCGCAAGAUUGGCCCUUUUGCUACCUUCAGGGAUUUGAACAGGUCGGUCGCAACUUGGUUGCUACUUCCCGCGGUAGGGGAGUUGCCUUUGCUCCCAUUGUCCAGCCAGAGCAAGUGGCCGAGUUUGAAGACUGGGUCUAUGAGCAAGGUGUCUUUCCGGAAGGGUCGGGAAUCUCCAGCUUUGGUCGCGGAAUCUUUGCCUUUGACAAGAGCCACAACACCACGGAUGGCAGAUACCACGACACGACCGGGGAAACCACGUACCCGUCUCUCUAUCAAGUCCCCAUUCCCAUCAUCCAAGCACUGGGACCCGAUCCCUCCAAACCAGUCCUGUACAUGCUCAACUAUCACUCCAUUGAAGCGCGAGGAGUCGCCAUGGAUAGCUCCUUUGCCUGCGCCAAGGAACGGCCGACCAUUCGGCCCAACAAUACAACAUCCUUUGGAUACGCCCAUUGUGGGACAUUGACCGACAUUACGCCUCCCGUGGGCCAGGCGGAACCCGGCGCCGUCAUUAUGCUGCCCGUGUUCCCGGCCAAUGACGUGUCCGACAUUGCGGCUUUUAUUGGAAGCUCCAUGCUCUGGGGCGACGUCUUGAAAGAAGCCUUCAACUCGGAGGCAUCGGGCAUUGACGUGGUCUUAUCGACCGAUGCCAGUCCUGGUGUCGCCUAUACAUAUCAGAUUGUGCGUGGCGUUGCUCACUAUCAAGGAAGCGCCGACAUGCACAACCCCAAGUACGAUUCCUUUGGUCGCGACACCAUCCUGACGGAUGUCGUGGGACAUCAUCAGCUCAGCGAGCACUCGCCCGUCUACUUUAUGAAGAUCUACCCCAACUCGCAAUUCUUUGAAGUCUACAGCACCAACAAUCCUACGUUUGCCACGGCGGGAGUGGUCGUUGUCAUUGUGUUCACGUCGUUCCUAUUCUUUCUCUAUGAUGCUCUCAUUAGCAAAGAGAAUCAAAAGAAUCAAGCCAUUAUCGAAGGAAGACGGCGUUUCAUGAGAUUUGUGAGCCACGAGGUCCGAACGCCCCUGAACUCGGUGUGCAUGGGGCUGAAACUGCUACAAGAGGAGCUUGCAACCUUGUUCCGUGGAAACGCUGGAGGCAGUCUGUCUACGGAUAUGCCGCCUCUGUUGGACGAGGACUUGAUUGACAACCUCCUGAGUCAGAGCCACCAAAUGGAUUCUGGGUCAAACAACAGUAGCAUCACUGUCCACACGGACAAGGAAAAAGCCAGAGAUGUCCUCAUGCUCUCCAAACAGAUUUUGGGAAGCGCUGGAAAUGCCAUUGAUGUCUUGAACGACCUUCUGAAUUAUGACAAGAUAGAGACGGGUCAGCUGCAGCUGGAGAAGUCUGUUCUGGACAUUUGGAGUCUGAUAGACCACGUUGUUCGCGAAUUCCAACUACCCUACAAGGCCAAGAAUGUCGAUCUCAUUCUCGACCUUUCCGGUGUCGCAGAAAAGGAUGCUGCGGGCAGCGUCGUAGGCGACAGCAUGAAGCUGACGCAAGUAUUUCGGAAUUUGCUGUCAAAUGCUUUGAAGUUCACAAACAAAGGCGGAACAGUGACCGUGAGACCUUCGCUGAUGAAAGACGAGGCAAACGAAAACGUCAAGGACACGCUCUUUCUGUCGUGCUGUGAAGAGAAAGUUGCGUUCACUCGGAAGGGACGCCUCGAAGUCAAAGUAUCAGACACGGGAGUGGGAUUGUCAGAAGAGCAAGUGAGAAAGCUCUUUCGUGCGGGUGUCCAAUACAACAGCAACAGACUUCAAGGGGGGCAAGGUAGCGGCUUGGGUCUUUUCAUCGCGCAAGGCAUCAUGAAACGCCAUGGUGGGGAUCUGUCGGCUGCCUCCGCUGGACUAGGCCAUGGGACAUCAUUCGCUGUUUCAAUACCCCUGCAUGUGACCGAUUCUCAUGGAUGCCAACGCAUCCUGGAACCUGAACCGAACGCUUCAGCAGUGAACAAUGCCAAAUUAAGAGAAUGCGAAAGCAAUCAACAGAAGCAGCCAAAUCGAAAGCUAUAUGUCCUGGUAGUCGAUGAUGCCAUGACCAACCGAAAGCUAUUGGUGCGGCUUCUUCAAAAGCAAGGGCAUCGAUGUGAACAGGCGGAGGAUGGUGUGCAAGCGGUGGAGGAAGUGGAGAAGGCAGUAGCGCGAGGGGAACUAUUCGAUUCUAUCCUCCUCGACUACGAAAUGCCAAACAUGAACGGGCCAACAGCGGCUCAAAAAAUGUGUCAGACAGAAGGUUUCAGCUCUCAUACAUGUAUUGUAGGUAUCACGGGUAACGUCUUGCCUGAGGAUGUGGCUACCUUCAAAAAGUGCGGAGCACACCAUGUUCUGCCCAAGCCUUUGAACAUUCCUUCGUUGACGAAGCUGUGGGUGGACGCAGGCCUUGUUUGAGCCAUACAAAGAGUGGCGGGGAGAAGAUAGGGCAGAACGCACUCGACAGGUCCUGGUCCAAGGUGUGUGGUCGCCACCGAGCAGAUCGAGGGUGGAGAGAGGGAGCAAACAGUGGACCGAACGACUGCUCAAGAAUGAAGAACCGGCCCACCAAAAGACCAAGUCGUAACGGAUAGCAUAGGAAAAGUGUGUAAAAGAGCUUUCAUGAAACGUGAACAAUUACC